GGUGAAAUUGACGGGGCGGUGAAAUUGACGGGACUGGAGUGAGUUGAGCCGCUGGACACCGGCGAAAGCCUAGACGGCUAAGAUUUUUUGUGGGGAGGUGGUAUUUUAGAACUGCGGAACCCGGACAUGGCCGCCUCGGCGAAGCAGAUAAAAAAGCUACGGCGCCGCGUCCAAGAGCUGGAGGAAGAGCUGGUCCGGGAGAGGAGAGGCAGUCAGGGCCCGCGAGCGCGGAUCGCGGUGAUGAGCCCCGAGGUGACGGACUCCAAUCCGUACAGUCGCCUGAUGGCACUGAAAAGAAUGGGAAUUGUGAAAGAUUAUGAGAGAAUUCGUUCAUUUACCGUGGCUAUAGUGGGUGUUGGUGGAAUUGGCAGUGUGACUGCUGAAAUGCUGACAAGAUGUGGCAUUGGUAAGUUGCUCCUGUUUGAUUAUGAUAAGGUGGAAUUGGCAAAUAUGAAUAGGCUCUUUUUUCAACCCCAGCAAGCUGGACUGAGCAAAGUAAAAGCAGCAGAGCACACUUUAAGGAAUAUUAAUCCUGAUGUCUGCUUUGAAGUACAUAAUUAUAACAUCACCACUGUGGACAACUUCCAGCACUUUAUAGAUAGAAUCAGUAAUGGUGGAUUAGAAGAAGGAAAACCUGUUGAUCUUCUGCUAAGCUGUGUGGAUAACUUUGAAGCUCGCAUGGCAAUUAACACUGCUUGUAAUGAGAUUGGACAAGUAUGGAUGGAAUCUGGAGUAAGUGAAAAUGCUGUUUCUGGUCAUAUCCAGCUGAUCAUACCUGGUGAAUCAGCUUGUUUCGCGUGUGCACCUCCACUUGUCGUAGCCGCAAACAUUGAUGAGAAAACCCUGAAGAGAGAGGGAGUUUGUGCAGCCAGCCUUCCCACCACUAUGGGAGUGGUUGCUGGGCUUCUUGUGCAAAAUGUCUUGAAAUACUUAUUAAACUUUGGAUUGGUGAGCUUUUACCUUGGCUACAAUGCACUGCAGGAUUUCUUUCCUACCAUGACGAUGAAGCCAAAUCCACAGUGUAGUGACCGAAACUGCAGAAGGCAGCAAGAACAGUAUAAGAAAAAGGAAGCAGCAAAUCCAAAAGAAGAAUUGAUAGACCAGGAAGAAGAGAUAGUUCAUGAAGACAAUGACUGGGGUAUAGAGUUAGUUUCAGAGGUUUCAGAAGAAGAACUGAAAGCUGCUUCUGGUCCAGUUCCUGAUCUUCCAGAAGGAAUCAUGUUGGCAUACACAAUACCAAACAAGGAAGAGAAUGUUACAGCUGGAGAAAUUGUUGAGGAAUCUGAAGAAAGUCUUGAAGAACUUAUGGCUAAAAUGAAGAAUAUAUAGAACAAAGAAUGUUUCAAGAACUUGUGCUUUAUAGCUAUUUAUUGGUUUCUGGCUAAGUUUGGCCUUUUGUGAGUGAUACUUGUUUAUCACUCUGUUUUGGUAUUAAUAUCAUUGAAUUCCCAUAAGUUAAUACAUUAUUAGAAGCUAUGGGGGUACAAAUUUCAAGCAAAAAUUAAAGCAAUCUUAUAUUUAAUAAUACAAGAAUG